CAGCAAACGUAGCUUUUGUAGCUAUGCCAUAUUAGCUAUGCAGAGCUCUUGGUCAGCAUCUUCUUUUGUCUUAGUCAUGCACACUGAAAUUCAGCUUUGAUAGUUGUCAAGCAAAGGUGACCAAGAUGACCACCAUUGUCCAUGAUACCACAGAAGCUGAUAAAUUGUCCCCUGCACACAACCUAUACUUGAAGCCCAUUGCCAAGAUGACAAUCAACGUUGGCCUCCCUCAACUUAAGCUACCUGGCAAAUCUAUCUCCAACUGGGAGGUGAUGGAACGACUGAAAGCCAUGGGGCAUCCUGAUCAGUUUUCCUCCCUGCGAAUCUCCAAGAGCACCAUGGACUUCAUUCGCUUUGAGGGAGAGGUGGAAAACAGGGCUGUUGUCAAAUCUCUCCUCUCCAAACUGGAUGGCAAGAGCAUUAAGUUAAGUGGUUUCACAGACAUACUGAAAGUGCGUGCCCAGGAAAACAAGGUUGACUUCCCCACCCGCCAUGACUGGGACUCCUUCUUCAGGGAUGCCAAGGACAUGAACGAGACUGUGCCGGGAGAACGUCCAGACACCAUCCACCUGGAAGGGCUGCCGUGCAAGUGGUUUGCCCAGAAGGAUGAGUCGCCGGACAAGCCCUCUGAAUCUGUGCUCAAGGCUGUGUUUGAGGGCUUUGGCAAGAUCCGUAAUGUUGACAUCCCCAUGCUGGAUCCUUACAGGGAAGAGAUGGCUGACAAAAACUUCAACACGUUCACUUUUGGGGGACACCUGAAUUUCGACGCCUAUGUCCAGUUCCAGGAGUAUCAAGGUUUUGUGAAGGCCAUGGACACACUGAGAGGCAUGAAGUUGAUGUACAAAGGAGAAGAUGGAAAAGCUGUAGCUUGCAAUCUCAAGGUGGCCUUUGACACAAGCAAGCACCUGAGUGAUUCAGCGCUGAAGAGGAGACUUCAGGACCGGCAGAAGCUUCUGGAGCUGGAGAGGCAGCGAGAGGAGCAGAAACGCAAGGAGAAAGAGGAUGAGGAGAGACGCAAGGAGGACGAGAGGAAACAGCGUGAGCAGGAGGAGGAGGAGAAGGAGCGGAAGAAGGAGGAGAAGCUGCGCAAGCGGGAGCAGAAGCUGCGGGAGCGGGAGGAGAAGCGCACCCAGAAGAAGGCGAAGAAGCAGCAGGAGGAGGAGCAGAGGAAGCUGCAGCUGAAGAUCGUGACGGAGGAGCGCAAGCUGCUGCUGGCCCAGCGCAACCUGGAGUCCAUCCGCCUGAUCGCCGAGCUGCUGAGUCGGGUCAAGGUCAGAGCACGUGUGCCUAUGGGCCCCACACACCCGCCGCAGACCACCAGCACCGACCCGCCUGAACAUGCCCUGAGACACCAGCAGCUGGAGAAGGAGCGGGAGGAGCAGGCCCGCUUGCAGGAGGAGCAGGCGCUCCAGCAGAAGGCCGAGUUGGCCCAGCUCCAGCAGCUGGAGGAGCGGCGGCGGCAGCAGGAGGCCGAGCUCCGGCGCGUGGAGGGAGAGAAGACCCGCGCCCUGGAGCUGCAGCGCAAGGAGAGGGAGAUCCGGGACCGGCUCCUGGGGAACCUGCUGAAGAAGAGCACGGCCUCGGGCAGGCGGCAGGAGGAGGGGGGAGCGGAGGAGAACAGGAGCCUGGGGUUGGAGCUCAUCGUGGGAGACCCUGACCUGGGGGUCCAGCUGGACUGCCAGACUUAUCAGGCCAGGGCCAAGGUGAAUGGGGUUGGCCACGGGGCGAGGGGUGCGGGGGCAGGGGCAGGGAGGCAGCCGAGUGAAAGAGCGAGCCGGCAGAGUAAAGGGGAGCGAGGGGAUCCUGCCUUGGCUCAGAGGCUGAAGCACGACCAGGAGCCCUGUCCGGCACGCAGCGGAGGGAGAGGGGGAGAUGGCAGCAGGAGACGCAGCAGGAGCAGGAGCAGGAGGAGGCACAGCCCAGAGCGGAGCAAGGGCCAGAAGAGCCCCAGCAAAAGACGGAGCCCCGCUGGUAGGAGUGGUGGGAGCCGGAGGAGGCGCAGCAGCAGGAGUAGAAGUGAGAGCCGUCACCGGCGCAGCAAGAGCAGGAGUCGGGGCCACAGGGGCCGCAGGAGGAGCAGGAGCAGCAGUGGACGGAGCAGCAGGAGUAGAAGCAGGGGCCACAGCUACUCCGGUAGCAGGAGCAGGAGACACCAUAGCCGGGGGCGCAGCCUCAGCAGAAGCUCCUCCUCCAGCCGUGAGAGGCGGGACCACAGACAUCACAGCCGCAGCACGGACAGGACCCACUCGAGACGCCACUGAGGAAGACAACUGACACAGAUACCAUUUCAGAGCAGCAGAAAGUUAGGAUGGCUUGGUUGGAAGAACCUAGAUAAUGCGUAAAAUACAAAAACUUGACUUUUGAUUGUAUUAGAAAUGGUGGCAUAUUUGGUAAGUUACCACUGCGUGUGCACUACUAUGUUAGAAACUAUUCUGCUUUGAAGGCAGAGAAUUUAGCUGCUUAUCAGGAGAGGUCCCGCUCUUUCCCAAGCGCCGGGCCGGAGUUUCUGGAUGUCAUCAUAGUUGAAACAAAAUACUGAAAAUCACUUCACUUCAAGUGUCUCCCAUCAAAGUGAUGAAAGAUCAAAUCUGUAGUACCUGUGCUAAGUGGGAUGCAUUAUGGCCCUUUAAGUUUAUAAGUUCAUGUUGAGGACUUUAGAAGAGACAUCCAGUUUGGGUUCAUUUCAGCUGUGCAAUUUUGUUACAGAAAAACUAAUUUGCCUGUAGCCUUCAAGUAAGUGCUUAAGCCAUUUUUGCCAUUCAUCUACGUUUGAGAUGGAGUUGAAUCACUUUCCCUAAGGACAGAUUAGUAGUGCUCUUUGGACGUAAAUGAACAGUACGAGGGGAAAUCUUGUUUUGGGUGGCCUAUAAAGUAGAUAUAAAGUGACGCAACAACCCUGGUCCAGAUUAUUGCUGAAAUGUCAAUGCCAAAGAUGACGAAAAGAACAACGUUUUAGAUGAUGACGAUACACAGGAACAAAAAAAAAUGAGGCUUCAUUUGGUGUAGCGAGUGUUACGUUUCUGCAGGUAAUGGGUCAAAUGUUUCAAGCCCAUUCCGUAGUAGUUUUAUUUAUUUUUAUUUUGUUUUUAUAGACUUAAACUAGGUAGGUUUUCAUCGUCCAACUGAACUGCAUUGCUGUGCCUCCAUGAUGACUUCAGAGGUUUCCAUUCAACACAGGCCUGUGUAUGUGAAUGCAAUAGAUGCAUUGAAGGGGAGAUUUACUGUGACUAUGUUGACAGUUAAGCGGUGUCUUAACCAAUACAAAUAGAGCACAGGGUUUUAGUUGAAGUCCGUGAAAAAAAAGGAAGUCAGAACUGGUCAGCACCUUACCUUCCAAUACUGUUGCAUGUGCUAGCUGGUCCUUGAGAACAGCCAGUAUUUUAAUCACCAUUGGUUUGUCCCUUUUAAUAAUCCCCAAAUAAAUCCUUCAAAUGAC